AUGGACAGGCACUGGCGUCCUGUUACUCUCUUGUCCGUCGUGAUCCUCUGCUGCCUCUCGCUGCUCAGCGCCGGCCUCGCCGCGUCCGUGGUCACCGCCGGCGCCCCCGACGGCAGCGAGCUCUGGGGAUACGUCGAAGUCCGGCCAAAGGCUCACCUGUUCUGGUGGUACUACAAGAGCCCCUCUGCGCAGAGGGUGUCCACGCCGUCCAGCCCGUGGCCGACCGUGCUCUGGCUGCAGGGCGGCCCGGGAGCGUCCGGCGUCGGCAUCGGCAACUUCCUGGAGGUCGGGCCGCUGGACGUCGACCUCAACCCCCGCAACUCCACCUGGCUGCACAAGGCCGACCUCAUCUUCGUGGACAACCCCGUGGGCGUCGGGUACAGCUACGCGGAGGACGCCAGCGCGCUGGUGACCAGCGACUGGGAGGCGGCCGCGGACGCCACGGCGCUCCUCAAGGCGCUCGCCGAGGAGGUGCCCGCCCUGCGGGACGGGAGCCCGCUGUUCCUCGUCGCCGAGUCCUACGGCGGCAAGUACGCCGUCACGCUCGGCGUCUCCGCCGUCCGGGCCAUCCAUGCCGGCGAGCUCAACCUCACGCUCGCCGGGGUCGCGCUCGGCGACAGCUUCAUCUCGCCCGAGGAUUUCGCGCUCUCCUACGCGCCGCUGCUGCUGGACGUGUCGAGGCUCGACGACAACGCCGGCGACGCCGCCAAAGGCAAGGCGGCGUCGGUGAAGGAGCAGAUCGCGGCGGGGCAGUUUGCCGCCGCGUGGAGCUCGUGGGCGGACUUGCUGGGGUUUAUCGACUCCAAAAGCGCCGGCGUUGACACCUACAACUUCUUGCUUGACACCGGCAUGGAUCCGGUGUCAACGACCUCUUCAUCGUCGAUGGCAGCGACGACCAAUGCCCAGACAGUGAAGUACUCGACGUACCUCAGUAGAAAGGAGGCUACAUCUGGUCCCAAUACCAUCGAUGGCAUCAUGAACGGGGUCAUCAAGGAAAAGCUUAAAAUCAUCCCCAACAACCUUACGUGGCACGGGAUGUCGGAGCUGGUCUACAAUGCCCUAGUCAAUGGCAUCAUGAAGCCUAGGAUCGACGAGGUUGAUGAGUUGUUAUCUUACGGCGUGAAUGUAACGGUGUACAAUGGCCAGCUCGAUGUGAUCUGCUCGACAAUUGGCGCAGAAGCAUGGGUGCAGAAGCUCAAAUGGGACGGGCUGAAGAACUUCACAAGCCUGCCAAGACAACCUCUCUACUGUGGUUCCUCCAAGGUCACCCAGGCCUUCGUCAGAUCCUACAAGAACUUGCAUUUCUACUGGAUCCUUCGAGCUGGACACUUUGUGCCUGCUGACCAGCCUUGCAUUGCACUGAGCAUGAUCAGUAGCAUAACCCAGUCUCCAGCAAGUUAGAUCGAUACAUUCACUCUAGUUGCAUUGUAUGUUUUCGUGGGGUAGCUCUACUGUACCAUCUCGAGAAGAUAACUGGUGAUCAUGGUUUAGUGAGAACUCAUGGUCCGACCUUUGCUGAUUGGAUUUGGCAAAAACGGUGUUGGCGCGCAAUUUCCUUCUUGGAGAUGGUGUUAUGGCAGAGUUGUAUUCCUAGUGUUGUCAUGGUUUGGUUGAUGUGUCUGCUUGGCGUAUGUAAUCGUUUAUGUUUCAUUGUUUAGUUUUAAUAAUUUUGUUGCGUCAAUCCUUGAUGUUUUUAAUAGCUCUUGAUAUCGUGUUGUUGCGGAGAGCCCGGUGUAACUGGCAUCUCCUUGGUAUUGAUAUGCUUUCUUUA